GCCUGCUUCCAUGGAUGAAGGCGGAUCUAUAAUAUGUGGGCUGAAGUGGAGAUGUCUAUUACAUUUUCGUAUUGGUGUCGUAAUGUCGUAUCACGGCUGGCGUAUUGGCGUAUUGAUGUAUCGUCCGUUCUCGAGGCUCGCCGGGUUUGAUGGACACCCCUGGAAUUUCCAGCUCAGGGUUAGGUUUUGGUGGAUGGAUUUAGUAGAUAUACUCGUUAUUCUUCUCGUCCUUUUUCGCAUCACCAUCAUCGCGACACUCUUUUAGGUGAUAAAUGCGCUCUAAUUAAAUCAAAAGUAAAUUAUCAGAACUUCGCCAAAUCUCCCUCCCGCCGGCGUUUUGAGACAAAUCUAAUAUUCAACCAUGGGGGGAGACACGACCGUCACCGAACAAUAUUGGAACAAAACAGGACUUACCGGUCUAGUUGCACGCAGCCUCCUUCGCACUCUACAAGUCAUCUUCGCCAUAGUCGUCGCUAUACUAUACGGCCUCGACUUAUACGACACGGCAUUCGCAUCAACCGGAAAGAUAUCAUCAUGGAUUUACGCAGAAUUCGCGGUCGCCGUGUCCUUGAUAACAUGUAUACUUCACCUCUUCGUCGCAGCUACGAGAUUUGCGUGGUGUCUGUUGGACUGGGUCGUCUUCAUUCUGUGGGUGGUACAAUUCGGUGUGUUUGGGACUUUGUAUAUUGGGGGGCGGUAUAAAUCCGAUGUCCCUGAUUCCGAGCCAUCAAUAAGUCGCAUGCAGGUUGCGAUAUGGAUAGAUAUGGUCAACAUGCUCUUAUGGCUGGCGUCUGCGCUUCAAGGGGUCGCUUGGUGUGUUAUUGUUCGCAAGGAAAGGCGGAGGGCAAGACGAGAGGAAGCUCAUAGGUUACAUAGUCGUGGUUUAGAGGCAGUGAGCCGCUAGCUUAGGGGGAGUUUAAGUCGUAAAUGCCCUAGAAUACUAAUAUUGUACCUGGAAGCUAGGUUUAGCGCUCGAUUAUAGGGUACAUAAAUUCUCAUGUCUACAACACAAAGUCCUAACUCAACCCAAUACCUUAGAGUCGUAGAGCUCGAACUAGUGGAACGUUCCGUUAAAGGGCCACUUUCGUCCGCGCUUAGCAACCUGUUUUUGCUAUUUCGAAACCUCGAGGCAUAACCAGUACUUGUUAGAUGUCGGCUCUUUCCGGUCGUCGUAUUUGAGAUGCAUGAAUACGCUGGAAUACG